AGGGCCCGCUCUCGCCGCGCCGCCCUGGGAGCCGCUGCAGGUCCCGGCCUUGCGGCCUGCGGGGGAGGCUGCCAGGAGGAGGCGGCGACGGUGGCGGCGGCAGCGCGUCCCCGGUCCCCGGGACCACGUCUUCCUUCCAGCCAGAUCUAUCCAUCUGUCUAACCAUCCGUGGGGGUCCACAAUGGCCACCUUCAGCCGCCAGGAAUUUUUCCAGCAGCUACUGCAGGGCUGUCUUCUACCUACUGCCCAGCAGGGCCUUGACCAGAUUUGGCUGCUCCUUGCCAUCUGCCUCGCCUGCCGCCUCCUCUGGAGGCUCGGGUUACCAUCCUACCUGAAGCAUGCAAGCACCGUGGCAGGCGGGUUCUUCAGCCUCUACCACUUCUUCCAGCUGCACAUGGUUUGGGUCGUGCUGCUCAGCCUCCUGUGCUACCUCGUGCUGUUCCUGUGCCGACAUUCCUCCCACCGCGGCGUCUUCCUCUCCGUCACCAUCCUCAUCUACCUACUCAUGGGUGAGAUGCAUAUGGUGGACACUGUGACAUGGCACAAGAUGCGAGGGGCCCAGAUGAUCGUGGCCAUGAAGGCGGUGUCUCUGGGAUUUGAUCUGGACCGGGGCGAGGUGGGUGCAGUGCCCUCACCAGUGGAGUUCAUGGGCUACCUCUACUUCGUGGGCACCAUCGUCUUUGGACCCUGGAUAUCCUUCCACAGCUACCUACAGGCUGUCCAUGGCCGCCCACUGAGCCGCCGAUGGCUGCAGAAGGUGGCCCGGAGCCUGGUGCUGGCCCUGCUGUGCCUUGUGCUGUCCACUUGUGUGGGCCCCUACCUCUUUCCAUACUUCAUCCCCCUUGAUGGUGACCGCCUCCUUCGCAACAAGAAACGCAAAGCCAGGUGGCUGCGGGCCUAUGAGAGUGCUGUGUCCUUCCACUUCAGCAACUAUUUUGUGGGCUUUCUGUCUGAGGCCACGGCCACAUUGGCGGGAGCCGGCUUUACGGAGGAAAAGGAUCACCUGAAAUGGGACCUGACAGUGUCCAAGCCACUGAAUGUGGAGCUACCCCGGUCAAUGGUGGAAGUUGUCACAAGCUGGAACCUGCCCAUGUCCUAUUGGCUAAAUAACUAUGUUUUCAAGAAUGCACUCCGCCUGGGGACCUUCUCAGCUGUGCUGGUCACCUAUGCAGCCAGCGCCCUCCUGCACGGCUUCAGCUUCCAUCUGGCUGCUGUACUACUCUCCCUGGCGUUUAUCACUUAUGUGGAGCAUGUCCUCCGGAAGCGCCUGGCUCGGAUCCUCAGUGCCUGCGUCUUGUCAAAGCGGUGCCCGCCAGACUGUUCACACCGGCAUCGCUUGGGCCUGGGGGUGCGAACCUUAAACUUGCUCUUUGGGGCCCUAGCCAUCUUCCACCUGGCCUACCUGGGCUCCCUGUUUGAUGUCGAUGUGGAUGACACCACAGAGGAGCAGGGCUACGGCAUGGCAUACACUGUCCACAAGUGGUCAGAGCUCAGCUGGGCCAGUCACUGGGUCACUUUUGGAUGCUGGAUCUUCUACCGCCUCAUAGGCUGAGGCACAUCUGUGGACCUUCACAGCUCCCUCAAGA